AUGUUCCAGCGCAUUCCGUCCUCCAUUGGGCACAAGCGUGUUUUCGACUCAGUCUUCCCUCCAUCCUUGCUCAGCGGCAUAUCUUCCGCCCCAGAUGCUACACCGAUCCUAGGAUUCACACCUCCAGGCGUGCCAUCUGGUAGUAUACAGACGUCCUCUAACCUAGAAGAUGCCCCGGCUGUCUCGGAAGAACCAGAACCAGAACAAGUUACAUGGGAUCGAUCGUGGCAUAUAGCAACGGCUUUUCUUGCUAUCCCCGACAAACGAUUCAAAAUCAGCAACGAUGGCAAUUGCGAUGACCAUAUAGGAGAUAGGGUGCUGCUUAAACGAUGGGCUCGAGAUCCGCCGUCAACGAAAACCCGGGAUAGCCUAUAUUAUGUAGGCGCCGAUGCAUCCCAGGGAAGAGAGUUGAGGAGAGAUACGAAGGAGUGCGAUCUCAAAACAUGGUACAUAAGUGAAACCCGCCGACAUUUUUUAAAAAAUUUUAAAGGUUCCCUCAUCCAGAUUUUAGAGGGCACCGAGAAGAAGCAUGUGCUGACCAGGCUGACCCGACGGCAAGGGAUACCGGUUUUACGGCUCUCCGUGAGAGCAUACUACGCGGUUACUAUGUUCUCUCUCCCCCAUUCAUUUUCCGAUAUCCUUGCUACAGAACUCACUGCUGCAUGCUCUAUAAUAUUGGGGACGAAGAAUAAUGCUGAAAGACUUAAUGCUGCAGAUACAGAUGGGGAUGAGAUGGAUGUUGAUCCAAGGUCUCGCAUGUGCUACAGUAGCUGGAGAACACAAUCCCCUGAUUAUCGGAUAUCUUCGAUCUCCGAGAGGGAAAUACCCGGAGCCGUAGACGCGAGACUUGGCUUGACCCGCCUAAUAGAAGGGCUUCAGGAAGUCGGUUUGGGUGGUCAGAAAUGCCAGGUUGUAUUUGCUAAUGUGAUGAACAACAUGAUAACGGAGUUUGUAAUAUCUUCAUACUCUGGUCUAUGGGAUGCCCCGUCGUUUGCCAUUGAACACCUACGCCUAUGGAUCGGAAAGAUCUUUGGGCGGUUAGUCCUUCAAGUCCUUCAAUGCCUGAGACAAGGCGAGCAUGGGGUGCCACGAGGCGAGGAAGGCAUCGACAUUACCCUAACGGAUAUUCACAAGUGGCAGGAGAUUGCUGUUACUCGACUAGCUGCCUUGCGGAUAAGCGAACUUUUUGAUAUUGUCGUUGAAUGGGACGCCAGUAGCGGAGCAAUCGAAGAUUUGAAGAGCUAUACUACAAAUCCGAUGACACGACUCUACCUUUCAAGCAUGUUCAAUACUGCUAUUUUUCAACGACUCCUUCACCCAGGCGCUUCUACAGUGGAAAUAUUGCAGCUCUACAUAUCUAUCAUCCGAGCACUUACCCAACUAGACCCCAGAGGAGUGUUGCUAGAUAGGGUGGCGCGGCCUAUACGCAGGUAUCUACGUGAACGAGAUGAUACUGUAAAGGUGAUAGUUAACGGGCUAUUGGCCGACGUUAGUGAGGCAAAAGAUCAGGAGAACACAGAUCCAAAUACCCUGAUGGAAUUGGCAAUUGAGUUAACAAGUGCACGCCAAGCAUCUUUACGCAAUGACUCUGGAGAGCUUGAUUGGGACGAUAUGAACUGGGUGCCUGACCCAGUCGACGCUGUGGUUGAUUAUAAGCGGUCAAAGCAGUCCGACGUUAUAGGCAGCAUGAUAACUCUUUUUGACUCUAAGGAGGUCUUCGUAAAAGAACUUCAGGAUACGCUUUGUGGCAGGUUAUUAAGCAAGAGCGGAACAUUCGACCAAGAAGUUUCCGUGCUGGAACUCCUGAAGGUCCGCUUUGGUGAAUCAGCGCUCCAAGCUUGUGAAGUUAUGUUACGUGAUUCACUUGAUUCCAAGCGGAUUGAUACGGUUAUACGAACGGAUAAAGGUCUUGACCAGGGCCCCACGACUGAUAUUCAUGCCAAAAUUUUAUCACGUUUAUACUGGCCCGAACUACAGGAACAAGAGUUUAAAAUUCCUGCAGAAAUUACUUCACUGCAGGAGAAGUAUUCUGCCGGUUUUGAGUCUUUGAAACCAUCCAGAAAUUAA